AGAGUGUAUUAAGACUUUUUCUAUAAGGGCUAAUAAUAAUAUCAUUUUCUUUCUUAAAAAUUCAUUCCACCUAACAAUUUACUCCAUUUCUGUAUUUCACUGUCCUGUCUCUCCAUACCCCGACUGAGUAACGCCUCUCUCUCUCUCCCUAUCUCUCUCAAGGAGUCUGUUACCUGGCACUGCGAGUGUUUGGUUUUUUUGUUUUUUUGUUUUUUUGUUUUUUUUUCUAGUUUUCUUAGGUGGUCAGUUUUAAUAUGACCUCUAAUUAAUUACUCGCAUGUCAGUAGAAACGGUUGUAACUUGCCAAUCUCAAGUUAGCUCUGCAAAAUUUAGAGCUUUUGGGCACAGAACUGAUUGCUUGGGUUCUAAUCACCAAACCCAUUUUUGGGGUUUCUACAAACUGCCUCUUCGUUGCUUCUUCCUCACUGUUUUUGGGUCUUCUCUUAUCUAACCUUCCUUUUGUUAUAGCUUCAACUAAUCAAUCUAUUAUUUGUUUCUUUAUUCAUUUAUUUUUACUAUUUUAUUACUGCUCAAUCCCUUCUUUAUCAUUGAGGACGUUGAAGUUGAGAUUUGGCAUCAUCUGGGAUGGAUUUGAUGGUGAAACUCUGUGUCAUUGGAAUUGCUUUGGUUGUGCAAGGAUCUGCAGGCUUCACUAUAUCCCUAUCUUUGGCAACCUUUUCUGCAUAUUCUCCUAUUGAAGAAGGAACUACUGGUCCUAUCGCUCAUGGAAAACCAUUGAGAAGCAAUGCAUCUAGUCCAGCAUCUCAUCCAAACAGGUCAGUCUUACACCCACCACUUGCAUUGCCACCUCUCAAGUCUGCCCCAGUACCCAGAACAAUCAAAGGGCUCGUGCCAUCCUUGUCACCAAGUAUUGCUACAGUAUUGCCUCCAUAUAGCUCAGUUCCUCCAUCCUUAACUGUUCGAGGCGUUGUACCAUCCUUGCCCCCAACUGCUCCUCAAAGAAUGGAACCGUUUAAUAAGGCUCCUAUAUUGGUGCCAGUUUCUCCAGGAUCUGUGCCACCAAGUUCUAAUCAAAACAAGGCACCAGAGAAUAAGGCUCCUCCCUCUUUGCCAAUUGUGCCAGUACCAAUUGCAUCAGCGCCAAGAAAAAUGCCAGGAAAUUCCCCACAUAUCCACCCAAUGCCUGGACUACCGCCAUCUAUUUUCCCUGUGCCUGUUGGAUCACCUCCAAGCCAAUUGCCACGAAAUCCACCGACCAUCCACCCUACAAUGCCCAAAGAACCUCCAUCUAAUUUACCAGAACCUGUUAUCUCUCCCAUAUCGACUCCUCUUCCAAGCAUCAACUGGAAAAAAGAUGGUACGCCGGUUGCUGCACCUCCCAAUGAAAUACCUAACCAAUUGUCACCUGUUAACCCUUCCCCAACAAAAGCUCCGUCCAUGCACAAAGCAACGAGGCACUCUGAUAAUGCUACUUCUCCUCUUUCGUUUCAUAAGUCUCCUGCGGAUAUGAGGUCUCAGUCUCCUGCAUCUUUACCUUCAACCUCAUUUUAUAAGCAUCAUCACUCGAGGAAAAAUAUAACCAGCCCUGCUCCAUUAUCAUAUCUGGUUCCUCCCCAUUCAAAUCAACAAGGUGUAAUCAUUCCUCCAUCUCCUUUAUAUCCGCCUAUGUUACAUCCAGAGAGUAGUCAAAGAUGGCACCAUGCUCCUCCACCAAUGAACCCAGGCUCUUCAGUCAUUCCAUCCUAUUCUCCCUUUCCUUCAUCAGAGCGCCAUUUUUCACCGGCACCUUCAUUGUCUCCAACGGCUCCAUCUGGGCAGAGCAAAUUGCCCUUCCUUUCCCCUAAAAUUUCUCCUUCUGGAUCUACACCAAGGAAUCCAAAGAUGCCAGUCCUGCCACCAAUUCAAGCUCUGCCACCUCCCCCUCCUAACGAAGAUUGUACAUCAAUUACGUGCACAGAGCCAUUAACAAAUACGCCUCCUGGAUCGCCCUGUGACUGUGUCUGGCCUAUGCAAGUUGGACUGGGCCUAAGUGUAGCAUUAUAUACCUUCUUCCCUUUGGUUGCAGAGCUGGCCGAGGAAAUUGCAGGCGGGGUGUUUAUGAAACAAAGUCAAGUUCGAAUCAUGGGAGCAAAUGCAGCCAACCAGGACCCAGAGAAGACAAUUGUCCUUAUUGACUUGGUACCUCUUGGAGAUAAGUUUGAUAACACUACAGCGUAUUUAACAUAUCAAAGAUUCUGGCACAAACAAGUUGUUAUAGAACCUUCAUUCUUUGGUGAUUAUGAAGUAUUAUAUGUGCGCUAUCCAGGUCUUCCCCCCUCACCACCUUUGGCACCUUCGGACAUUAGUAUUAUAGAUGAUGGGCCCUAUUCAGGUCACGACAAUAAUGGAAGGACCAUAAAGCCGCUAGGGGUUGAUGUGAGGAGGAAGCAGCAUAAUGAUGGACUUAGCGGCGGGGUUAUUGCCAUCAUAGUUUUGUCAGCCUCUGUAGCUGUUAUUUUAUGUUUUGCAGUUGCUUGGGUUUUACUAUUCAAACAUAGAGAUCGUGUUUGCCAACCGGAUCCAACUCCUCCAGCUACAUUACCUUCCCUGUCAAAACCAUCAGGGAUUGCUGCAUCUACGAUUGGAAGUGGGCCCAGUUCUGCUUCAUUAUCAUUUGGAUCUAGCAUUGCAACUUACACUGGAUCUGCUAAGGUGUUCAGUUCAAGUGAUUUAGAGAAGGCCACUGAUAACUUCAGUGCUUCGAGAAUACUCGGUGAAGGUGGCUUUGGUCGUGUUUAUAGUGGCGUUCUUGAAGAUGGAACAAAAGUGGCUGUCAAGGUACUUAAGCGAGAUGAUCAGCAAGGUGGUCGUGAAUUCUUGGCAGAAGUUGAGAUGCUGAGCCGCCUACAUCACAGGAAUCUGGUCAAGUUGAUUGGUAUAUGUACAGAGGAACGCAGCCGCAGCUUAGUGUAUGAACUCAUUCCGAACGGCAGCGUGGAAUCUCAUCUACAUGGAGUAGACAAGGAAACUGCGCCACUAGAUUGGGGUUCCCGGAUGAAGAUAGCACUUGGUGCUGCUCGGGGUCUAGCCUAUCUGCAUGAAGAUUCAAGUCCUAGAGUCAUACAUAGGGACUUCAAGUCGAGCAACAUCUUGUUGGAACAUGAUUUUAUGCCAAAAGUGUCUGAUUUUGGUUUGGCUCGGACAGCAUUGGAUGAGGAUAACAGACACAUCUCAACACGUGUCAUGGGAACUUUUGGCUAUGUAGCUCCAGAAUAUGCAAUGACCGGGCAUCUUCUUGUGAAGAGUGAUGUUUACAGCUAUGGAGUUGUCCUUCUCGAGCUUUUAACUGGAAGAAAACCUGUAGAAAUGUCUCAGCCACCUGGUCAAGAAAAUCUAGUUGCCUGGGCUCGGCCAUUCCUUACAAGUAAAGAAGGAUUAGAAUCAAUCAUAGACCAAUCUAUGGGACCUGAUUUCCCUUUUGAUAGUAUUACAAAAGUAGCAGCAAUUGCUUCAAUGUGUGUUCAACCAGAGGUCUCGCAUCGACCUUUUAUGGGUGAGGUUGUUCAGGCCUUGAAACUAGUAUGCAAUGAGUGUGAUGAGACAAAAGAAUCAGGAUCCAGGAGUCGUAGCCAAGAAGAUCUGUCCAUCGAUUUUGAUACUAGGAUCAGUAUCAAUUCAGGCCAGUUGCCGGAUCCUUUGCAAACUCACUCCCCAGUUUCCAACUAUGAAACCAGGCUUGAUGUUGAAAGGGGACUUUCAAUGUCAGAUUUAUUAAGCACAUCUGCAAGAAUUGGGAGGCAAGAAUCUGAGUCAUUCAGGAGGCACUCAAGUUCGGGUCCUUUAAGAACAAGAAGGGACAGGUGGCUCUGGAAGAAGUUGAGGAGAUUGCCCGGAGGCAGUGUUAGCGAGCAUGGGGUGAUGUUCAAGUUAUGGCCUGGAUCGCAUUGAAAAUUUCUGAAGCCCCUUUCUGUAGUUAACUUUCUCCUGCAAUUUCCCGUACUGUACAAAUCCGUUUGCAUGAGCAAGCACAUGGUUAUUCGUGCAGACAGAAGUUGCUUGGCUGGGCUUGGAAGUUUAUGCCAAGGAAAUUACAGCAGUGACUUUUAUUGCAAAUGCGCUGUCAAGAAGACUGUGAAUGCCCUCCAGAUUAAACCUCAGUAAUUGUUGAAUGGUACUGGAAGCUUAUUCUGAUCAAGGCUUUCAUCAACUGAAAUACAAUGAAGAUCCUGAUAAUAUGCAUUUUUUGACCCUUACACAAAGAAGAGUAUUUUUCUUUGCUGAAAUGUAUAGAACACGUUAAAAGUUUUUGAACCAUUAAGUGCACCUCUUCGUGCUAGUAAAUAUCCAAGCACUAAUGUUGAAUUUAUGCUGUUUAAAUUGUCUUGACCCUUUACAGA